AUGACUGCUCUCGGCCGAAGAACUGGGCGAUCGCAAGCCUAUAGCCAACUGCUCCGCCACAUGCAGAGCCUUCUAGGUACGUGGCUCCCAACCUUUGAUCAAUCACUCCUCAAGGAACUUUUCCUUAACCGGCUGCCUCCGCAGACUCGUAUGGUGCUCGCGGCCCUGCCCGACUCUACCCUCGAGGCCUUCCUGCGUUCUCCCAAGAAGUCUCCCCAUGCGGCCGGUUUUGCUUGGACGGCGAAUGCCGUGGACGUUUUCCUGGCUGCCAAAGAGGCACUCGCCAACGCCGUCGUGCUCAUCUACCCCCGGCAUGAUGCGCACACAUCACUAGCGGUGGAUGCGUCCGGCUCAGCCAUCGGAGCUGUGCUCCAGCAGCACAUCAACCAGCAGUGGCAACCCAUUUCCUUCUUUUCCGUCACUCUCGCCGGCCCAACAACGCUACAGCGCCUUCGGCCGCGAACUCCUUGCUGCGUUCGCUGCCGUCAAGUACUUCCGCUAAUUUCUGGAAGGCCGAUCUUUUAUCCUUUAUACGGAUCAUCAUCAACCGGCGUUCAUCGGCCGUUCGUUCCAUCGGGUCUCCGCCGCCAAACCUUGCACGCCCUUCAUGACGUUUCCCAUCCUGGUAUUCGCGCAACCAGACGCCUGAUCGGUGACCGCUACGUAUGGCCGGGCAUGGCCAAGGACAUCCAAGUCUGGACCUCUCGCUGUAUCACCUGCCAGCGAACGAAGAUCGUCCGGCACACGCGCCCGCCGCCCGGCAAGUUCCUUCCACCUGACCGGAGAUUCCAGAUCAUCCACAUCGACCUUGUCGGUCCUCUACCUCACUCAUCGGGUUUCCGCUACAUCCUCACAAUGGUGGAUCGUUUCACCCGGUGGCCCGAAGCGGUGCCCAUCAUCGACAUGCGUGCCGAAACCGUGGCCCGCGCUCUUCUCGACGCCUGGAUCUGCCGAUACGGGACCCCUGACCAAGUCGUCACCGACCGCGGUGCUCAAUUCGAGUCUUCCCUCUUCCAUGAGCUCUGCGGUCUUUUUGGCACGACGCGCACCCGCACUACUGCCUACCAUCCUUGUGCCAAUGAUCUGGUAGAACGUUUUCACCGGCAGAUGAAAAGCUGCUUCCGUGCCCUUCGCCAUCCCGAAAAGUGGACGAGCGCUCUCCCACUCAUUCUGCUGCACGUACGAGCAUGCCUCAAACCGGACUUAGGUUGCUCCGCCGUCGAGCUCGUUUUCGGCACACACCUACGCCUUCCGGCCGACCUCGUCACCCAACAACCUCCCAUCUCCUCUGAAAACCAGCCGCAAGCCACUCGGAGUACGUCUCGCUCCUCCGUGACGUCUUCAAGACCCUUAGGCCUGCUUCUCCACGGUUCCCUUCUGGCCGGAACUCUUACGUUCCAGCCGCUCUCGCCGAGGCCACACACGUUUUCCUCCGGGCUCCAACCCCUCGCAAGUCCCUAG